CUGGGCAUGGUCAUGGUCAUUGGGCCCCUCCCUCCUACGCUUCCGCAGUAACCUCUGAUGGCUUGCGCGUGUCUUAUGAUGGAGGCUUGACGAUGACAUUCAGUAUAAACCUAUACCUUAUUUGAACGACUAUCCGUGACGACCAUGGGCUGUAGCUACUAAGGGAGAAGCUCACCUCACCUGGAGCUACCUACCUACCUAGCUAGGUGCAGUACUUACUAUAGUACCUACUAUGGACGACUACGACAAUGAGGACAAUGCGGGAAUGCCCAGAACUCACAGCGGUCAACGUGGACGUGUUUCGGUGCAAUCCAGGCCUUGGCGUUUCUCGGCACCCACCCGUGAUAAGAUUUCGCCAAGCCUUCAAAGGCCUCAGAAGGGGGAACACCAACGCUACUGUGCCCGUCUUCUCGCUGGUGCUGCUCGGCAGGCAUGCUAUGGACUUGUCUGCUGUCUGCUUUGCUUUGCUUGGCUGGUUCUUGUCGUUUCUUGGGUACGAACCUUUCCUUUCCUUUUAUUCAUUUGUCACCAUUUCUUGUCUUGCUCGUCUGUGUUAUAUAUCUAUCCCCAUCGGUUCGCUCCUCUGUAAUAUCUACGCCCGGAUGGCCUUCGACAUUGCUACAGACGCUGUCCUCAAUAUUCUUCACGCGCGUCUUCUUGUCUGCAGCUGAGAUAUAGCCAAGUCUGCCUGAAACCCCACACUGCAGAUUGCCUGCCCAGCGAAUCUUUCACGCGCCCUUACUAUCCAACGAGAACGCAAACUAUUGGUCGCAUUGCCGGAUGGACAAGUGUGACGAUCGUCAUUGAUACGCCGAGUUGACGGCAAGCAGAGCACUCGUGGUGCGGCUUGUAGUCGGAUCGGCCUGGCAUAUAAGCUUAAAGUUGUUUGCAAUUAACUGCAACUCCUUGCGGUCACCAAAACUAUGUCUUCUUCGAUCGAGGAUGAUGAGUCCACAUCAUCUGGGUUAUCGUCAAUAGCUUCCGCCGAGCCAUCAUCAACCAUCUCUCUAUCCGACCCAACGCCUGCUCCGACAACACUUGUGAUCGCUCCUAAGCCUACCAAUGAAGACGACCUAGACGAUGACGGGAUAUUUCCACCGAUGACCACACCUUGGACCGGGCCUGUUGAUUGCACAUGGACUUUUGAUGCAAACAAGGUACCAAGGUCGGGUUCUGAUGGCCUCGCAGCAAUGCUUGAUUUGCAGCCAAUUGCUGGAGCGAGGUCAUUGUCUUGCUAUCCCGAUGCCAUGUUCGAUAAAGGCCUUACAGGGGUUUACAGCCCAGGCACAUGCCCUCAUGGAUGGACCACCGUAUCAUUGCGCGUUGAUACUAGUGAGAAUCGGGACGAUGAGACAACAACAGCUAUCUGCUGCUCAUCGGAAUACACUCUGGAUGGCAAUUUGUGUAAACGUUCGAUCUCAUCCGUGUUGGCUGUUCCUUACACGUACAACCAGACAGCUCAGACUUAUGAUGCUGUGUCAGACACACCAACGACUUUGUAUGGUGCAACAAUUGCUGUUUAUACCAUAAGGGCCCUGUUCAAAGAUAGCGACAAAGAUGCACUUGGACUCAAGGAUGAGGACGAUAUCCCAGGUACCGAGCAUCAUGGCCGAUCCUUGUCCCUGGGCGCGCGCAUCGGUAUUGGUGUUGGUGUAGCGGUUUUCGUUCUGCUUGCUAUAGGAGCACUUGCCUUUUGGCUCAUUCGAAGAGAGCGAAAGAAGACGGAAAAGAGACGAGCACACGAGCUCGGUGCGGUGGGAAGCAUGCGCCACACCUCGCCAGGAUCAGGAGAUAAUUUCUACGCCGCUGCGGACGCCAACCAUCGACGUGACAGGAGUCGCCAGACCGCAGAGCCACCGCCAGCUUACGAGGCUGCUACGGACUCAAACAGCAUGACCGAAAACGAUAGUCAGCUAAGCGAGGAUACGGCGACACGGGACGAGGAGAUCAGGGCGUUGCAAGUCCAGAAAGAGGCGAUUCAACGCCGUAUAGAAGAGCUGGAGCGUUCUGAGACGCAGUCACAAGAAGACAACCGGCGAGGUUAAGACUAGAAUCAGGUGCGAAUGAUCAAAUUCUGGAAGCGAGAAGAGAGCGAGGGAUCAUGACUUGGACGGGAAACGGCCUACACACCUAUGAUACCACUUUGCGCGGCCGUAGCAUGUUGCUAUGGGCUAUUUUGCUUUUUAACUACAUACACUCAUCUUUUAGGAGAAAAUAUCCGAAAGUCUUUUGGAGUACGGCGGUUGGGUGGGAAAACAUCAUUAAAACCCAUACAGUUUAAUAUCAAAGUUUCAAAUUCUUGACUCACCAAUGCUUAUAAUAGAAGUUUCCUUCCCCUUCGUUGUGAAUUGCAAUGGAGUCAGGUGUUGAUGCAGACAACCAUGUAACAAGAGUC